UAGAUCAGGUCAAGCCGUGUGAAAAGGUGAGGAGGAGGGGUUAAGGGAGUUUGGGGUGGGUUUUAAGGGUGGAGGCUGGGAAUAAGGCACUGAAGGGGUGGUAGUAGAGGCGGUGGGUAUGGUGGAGGGAGACUUGAGAGGUGUAAUUUUGGAAGUGAGGAAAGACCUGUGAUUAGAAAAUUUAUGAGAAAUAGCUAAAUGUUUAAAGUGAUUGAAAUAACAAUAUCUAGAAAAGAAAAGCAAUUUGAUAAAGAAAUAUUUAAAUUAGUCCGAAGAGAUACUUAUCAUUACUCAAGAUUCUCGAGCAAUUCAGCAUCUUUUAUAAUAAAUCUAAUUAUACCAAGUGCAAAUAAAUUUAUAAAGAAAAUGAAAUAUACUGCACUGCCAGAAUUAAACAAGUUCAGUCUCCACUGCUUUCCCCCAAGAAAUAAGACAACUGAUAGUUUCAUAUCAAAUUGAUUUCCUAGAUCAGUCAAGUGUAUGGUUGCUGAACAAGAAUUUAUUUUGAAGCCAAUUAGAGGAUAUUUUACAGAAUUGAUCAGAGUUGCUCCGAAAGUUCAACAGGAAGUAUCAUUCAGAUACUUUACCAUUAAUGACAGAGAAUUCAAAAGAAUCAUUUCUGCUGUGAGACAUGUGAGAAAAGUCUUUUUUGCAUGGUGUGAGAUUUCUGUUACUAAAGUCCCUGACUUUUCAUUUACAUUAGACAAAACUAGACUUGAAGAGCUUUCAAUGCAGAAUUGCAGCUAUGGUCAUAAUAGCAAUUUGAAACAAAACUCCAAAGAAUUUAAAAAUCUUAUUCAAGGAUUAGGCACCUCUCAAGAUCUCAAACAAAGCCUAAAAUUAAUGAACAUCAAAUCCCAAAUGUUAGAAAUAGGAGACAUAAGAAACACCCUAAAUGAAAAUGGGCUUGAAGGGGUCAGACUUUCAUUGUAA